UAACAAAAUCCACACCGUAUACGAAUGCAAAUAGGGUACAUGCAGCUCAGAGGCGCUUCACAGUGCAAAGACGUUCAUCAGUUUUGAGACUACUCAACAUGGGAGUCCAAGGACUGAAGAGAUACAUUGAGAGCAACAGAAAAUUUUUGAGGGACUAUCCUUUCAGAGACAGUCAACUAAUAAUAGAUGGAUGUAACUUUUACUAUAGCUUGUACUUUCAGUGUAAAUUGGAUCAGAUGCAUGGAGGAGAUUAUGACGCCUUUGAAGAAAUUAUCAGAAAAUUCUUCGAGAACCUCACAGCCUGUGACAUUCGCCCUUUUGUUGUACUUGAUGGUGGGGCCGAUCACACUGACAAAAAAUUUGACACUCUCAUGGAACGAAGUCAGGGCAAAAUAAAACAAGCCUAUGCCCUGUCUGUGGGAUCACGAGGGACAGUCCUCCCUAUUCUCAUUAAAGAUGUGUUCAGACAGGUCCUUCAUAAGCUAAAGGUACCACUUGUUGAGUGCCUUCAAGAGGCCGAUUGGGAAAUUGCUGCUUUGGCUAAACAGUGGAAUUGUCCAAUUCUGUCCAAUGACAGUGAUUUUUAUAUAUUCAACCUCAAGGCUGGAAUCUUGCCAAUCACAUAUUUUCAGUGGGAAAAUGUAAGAGGGGACAGACAGACAAACAAAAAAUUCAUCCCAACCAAACAUUUUUCUGUGGAAAAUUUAUGUGCAUCUUUUAAACAUAUGAACAAGGAUCUUCUCCCACUCGUCGCCGCCAUCUUAGGCAAUGAUUAUAUGAAGCUGCAAAAUAUCAGAUAUCUGAGGUGGGAGCAGCACUCAGUACACGGUGGGGAGUUUGCCCGUAUUGAUGGCUUGCUUCACUGGUUAUCCAAGUUUGCAGGGCCAGAAGAGGCCAUAGCUGAUUUCCUUAAGCUAAUUACAGAUGAAGAAAAGGACAUUGUCGUUAAAGCACUGUUUGAGGCCAUCAAGGAAUAUAAGCUAUUCUCCAGUUCUCUUGCCCAGUUCUUCAUCUCAAAGACAGUUCCACAAACAUCCAGUCCACUGCAAGCAUUACCUAAGUGGACCCUGCGUCCCCUGCUUGAAGGAAGAAUGAGCUCCUACAUUAUUGAUGUUCUGGUAUUGCAAAGGAACACCCUGAGAUCCCAGGUUGAAGAUUUUGAGCUCCCCAGUAGCAAUGAAACCUCUCGUCCCAUACGACAAGUGCUUUAUGGUGUACUCUUGUUGGGAGAACAGCAAACAGAAGACAAACUCAUGGCAGCUGCUAAAGAGUCUACUGGCACAAGCAAGUGCUAUGUAGAUGAGUACGACAGGGAACAAUUAACACUAACCUUUUCAAAAGUUGAAGCCAUACAGACGAGGGUAAAGCCAGGAAUUCGACUGGAAACAUUAAGGGAGGAACCACACAAUGUGCGGCUUCAGGUUCUCUUGGACACUUUGGGUGUGCCAACCGUUGUCUUAAAAGCAAUCCCCCUUGAUCUCCAGCUGCAAGUGUUUGUGACACACUACUGGAUGGUAAACGCACAACCUCAGCCGAGCCAAGUGCAUCUUUGGAGCCUGCUAUUGGGCAUGGUCUAUGGAAAGCUCUGCAGUAUGCCCAACAAACAAAAAGACACGCUGUUGAGCCUCAAAAAACUGCAAAUUCACCAGGGAAAGAACCGUUUGGACCACGAAGUGGCUCAUCUAUACAGCCAGUGGCAAUCCUGCUUAUUAUGGAGUCUCCAUCUCAAUCGUUUACUGUGUCUUCCACUACAAGAACCAGAGUGUGCAUGGCUGUACCGUGGAACACUGGUGCACCAGGCUGUUCGAGAGCUCAGCAGAGGCGUCACUCCAGAAACUCUGCUGGUGAGCGGUUCCUAUGCUGAGCAGCUGUUCAGACAGUUGAAAGAUGCAGUGCUGAGCUUGGUGGAUAAGGACGGCAUUUUGAGAAUAAGUAACAGGGAUGGGCACAGAACUGCUGUCAAAAUUCCUAAUGGCUACAGACAUCACAAUCAGCCCAUAGAUGAACUGAGCAGCUUGUUUGAACAUUUCAUGGAUGAGGAUAUUGAGGACUAUGAUGAUGAUGAUCUUAAUGGAAAAGGCAGGAGUAAGGCCAAGACCGAGAUGCUUGAAUGUUCUUAUACCGUCCGUACCAGAUACAAGGCCAAAUCACGCAAUGAUACUCAUCCCUCUAAGAAAUAUGAGAGGAGAUGCUUUGAGUAAAUGGCUUAGAUAUCUCCCAAAAGCAAUUCAAAGUUGUUGGAACAAUCUGGGAAGAUGGGGUUUUGACUCUUCCCUCAGUUUGUAAAACAAACAAAAUAGCAUUUACAGUAAUGCACUUAUGCAAAUGUGUUAACAUGAGACUUGUGUGAGAAAAUGUUCACUUAACCUAGUCUAUGUAAAGUUAUAUACAAUCUUUUAACUCCUUUCAUUACCAUGUAAAGGCAGUAAAGCAGAUAACUUCUGCUUGAUGUGCUCAAGGAUACCAGAAAUGGACAUGUAACUAUCAAACAGAAAUUACAUAUGAAUUAUUUUGAUAAUGCAUUACUACAGUAAAGCAAUUUACUGCUCAAAUAACACAUUUUUAUACAGGAGAACUGAUGCAAGAGCUUUAACAAAUCUGAGCUUUGCAUUUCUGCUUUUAAAUUCUCCAGAAUGGCUUGCCCCAAAAACAUCCACUGUACUUACAGCAUGCAUGACUUUAAACACAAUCUCAGUUUGUUUUUACAAACUGAAAGAGUCAGAAUGCACUGGUUCUUAUUUCCUCAUUAUGAGAAGUUUUUACAAUGCACUUUACUAUGUAAUAUAAUUGAAUGGACAGUUUUAUGUUUGCCAACAGAAGACUCUAAAUAACUUUAUGCCUAUGACACUCUUGAAACUCACUAAGCUCUUGUAGUCCUUAAUGUACAGUUGUGUUAAUAAUAAAUUAUGAAAUCUAGAGCAUGUAU